CAAGCUCUCAGCUUCAUCGCGAUAAGUAUCACCAUUUUCCUGAUCUGGUCCCUGUUUAACAGGAAAUUCGAAAAUUGUGAAAUCUCUGCGGAGAUCUGAAAGGGCAUGCUCAGUAACCAACCAUCUACUCUCACAAUGCCGAGUUGAGCUUUCGGCGAAGCCGUGAUCGAUACCCAACCACUACAGACACUACUUUUGCCAUAUCACAACCAUGCGCGUCGCAGAAAUCCUCUCUGACCUCACCUCCCUCCGCGCCUGUGAUCCCUCCGCCGCGCUCGCUCUCGUCUCCACGCGGCCCUCCCCCUCAUCAGUGCUGCCGUCCAAGAACUCCAGCAUCGAGGCACCGGAACAUGCAGAGGGCGGUAAUGGCGAUUUACGACGGGCGAAGGAGCUGGCAGAGUUGCAUGCGGCGUUGAAGGGGGCACAGAGGAAGGAGUUAGUGGGGCCGGUGAGGGAGGAGGCGGAGAGGGUGGGGAGGAGGGCGUUGGGGGUUGCGCAGCGGUGA